AUGUCUAGCGAAAAUAUGUACAAAAUUCCAGGUUCCUCUGAAGAAGAAAUACACAAUGAUGCUAACAGUGAUUUGAACUCGGACAAACGCUUCGUGGGAGAUGACACAAAAACUGUUGAUAAUUCAUUCAAUUGUGAAAUUUCCUCCAAACCUUAUUCAUUAGAAAGCAAUUUAAGAAGGCAUAUGAAGUGGCAUGAUGGUGAAGAAAAACCUUUGGUGCGUGAAACAGUGCAUUUGCCAUUCCAAAAAAUCUCAUGCGAAACUUGUUCAAAACAAUUUUCUACAGAUUCUGAGUUGAAAUUUCAUACGAGAAUACAUACCGAAGAAAAACCCUUCACAUGUGACGUUUGCUCUAAAGGAUUUUGCAACAAUUCUUCGUUAAAAGCACAUAUGAGGAGGCAUACGAAAGAACUUUUCCCAUGUGAUAUGUGCCCUAAACAAUUUUUAACAAAUUACUACUUAAAAAUACAUAUGAGAAGGCAUACAGGAGAUAGGCCAUUCCACUGUGAACUUUGCCCCAAACGGUUUACAAGGAAAUGUGCCUUAACGUCACACAUUAAAUGUCACACUAGAGACGUUCUUUUCACAUGCGAAGUUUGCAACAAACAGUUUGUUACCAAGGCAGAAUUAACUAGACAUACGAGAACUCAUACGGGGGAAAAACCAUUUUCGUGUGAAGUUUGUUGCCAACGGUUUGUUACCAAAAGGUCAUUAACUAAUCAUAUGAUAAUUCACACGGAGGGACUGUCAUUCUCCUGUGAAAUUUGCAACAAACCGCUUUCUAACAAUAGAUCAUUAGCUAAUCAUAUGAACUCAUAUGGAAGAAAACACAUUCAAAUUGAAGUUUGUUUCAAAGGUUUCGCACAAAGUUCUAUGUUAGAAGAACAUAUGGCUGAUCACACAUCAAACUAA